AUGCUUCCUAGUAGCAUAUGCUUUGGACUUGUCCUCCUUUUCCAAACUGGAGUUGGAGUCCUAGCAAACUUGUUCCUCCUAUCUCUUUAUUCUUUCAGUUUCCUCACUGGCCAUGUUGGGAAGCCAAUAAACUUAAUUAUCAUUCAUCUGACCCUGGCUAACAUCAUUAUGCUUCUUAGCAAAGGAGGACCAGAGACAGUCAUAGCUUUGAGUGGGGAGAAUUUCCUGAAUGAUACUGGGUGUAAACUUGUCUUUUUCUUUCACAAAGUAUCCCAGGCACUUUCAAUUUGUUUCACCUGCUACCUAUGUAACUUCCAGGCCAUCAUUCUCAGUCCCCCUGGCUCCAGAUGGGCAAAAUUCAAAGCCAGGGCCUCAGAGCAUAUCAUCCCCUUCUGUAUCUUCUGCUGUAUCUUCAAUCUAUUGAUAGAAAUCCCUGUAAUACUGAGCUUAACUGGCCCAAGGAACUUAAACAAUAGGACAAAUGAGUUUAAUUUUUUGCAUUGUUCUCUUCUAAGCUACAUAGAUGCUUACUGCAUUUUGGUUAGUCUCAGAAAUGUUCUCUGUGUGGGGCUCAUCCUUUGGGCUGGUGGCAACAUGGUGUUUCUGCUACGUAGACACCACCGACAAGUGCAGACCAUUCAUAGCAUAGUCUUCUCAGCCAGAUCCUCCCCUGAGGUUAAAGCCACCCAGACCAUUUUGCAGCUGGUGAGCACCUUUGUCUUCUUUUACUCACUCUCUUCUAUCUUCGUGAUUUGUGUCUCCUAUUAUUAUCAACACCGUUUCUGGCUGUUGCCCGUUGCUGCUUUUCUCAAUUUAUGUUUUCCAGCUCUCAGCCCCUUUGUAUUGAUACCCCCAGGAACAAGAAUCUGCCCUGGUUUUUGUGCAAGAAAAAACAUUCGUUAUCAUUGUAAUCCAUCUUCACACAGCUGA